AUGGGGGUUGUUUUUGUCUUGCAUGUUAAAUUUGAUUCUUCUAUCAGCUUUGCUUUAUUGGAUGAAGACGCCCCCCCAAUCACUUCCUGCUUUGAAAACUUAUUGUAUAGUCUGCAAUCUUUAUCUGCAAGUGUUUUGUCUAAUGUAUAUACAGCACCAGCGUAUAGCGCGAUCCAGUACGAGACCCGUGCAUUUUUCCCUGAUUUUGGAAGAAUGCCUUCAGAAUAUCAGGGUUGGCCUAACGACCACCAAGAUGCUCUGUGGGAGGGACUGCAUUCGAAGGGUCGAACUAUUCAAAUCAGCUCUGAAGAGAAUAGUAUGCUUUACAACCCGUCGAUACAUGUACCGAUGGUCGGGCUUGAAGAUCAAUAUAUGAUUGGUCUAGAUGUUUUUCACCAGUUACAUUGUUUGGAUACUAUACGCAAAUCGUUUUACCCAAGGAGGUAUAACAUCACCCUUCUCAAGUCAGAUGGAACGGUCAACUAUGUCCCAUGGCUUCACGUUGAUCAUUGCAUCGAGUCUAUCAGGCAGUCGCUGAUGUGUAAUGCCGAUGUGACUCCUAUGCAUUACGAGUGGAGCGAUGAAAUUAAAUCUGUAGUACCAAAGAUAACAGUGACGCACGUUUGCCGCAACUUCGACAAAGUUAAGAAGUGGGCUGCAGAUCGAUGGGUUGAUUGGAAGUGGACAGAUAAUCGGAAGGUUGUAGAAAACGGUAAAGUGAAAGAUUAUUCAAAUUGGAAAGUCGAGACAGAAGAACAUCCUCUUCCCAAUGAUUGGGCUGAGAAUGAGCGUGCGAACGAAUUCGUUCAAUAGUCGGUCAUAGUAGAUGGCCUU